GUUUAUUUUUAGAUGUCAUUUGAAUUCCAUAGGAACAAUUCCACCAUAGAUAAAUCAGAUAGAAGUGGAACUUGUUACCUGAAUCCUAGAUCCAUAAAAGGUGACCAUUUAAGAUGGAAAAGCAAUACCGGAGAUAUCAUAUGUGAUCAAACUAAUGGAUUAAGUAUUCCUUCUACAGGAAUAAUGUUAAUAUUCAACAUAUUACAAAUGAAAUCCAACCAUAAAACGUUUGACGAUUGUAUAAUACACACAAUGAAAAGAGGAAACACAACUUUAUUUACCAAAAGGGUGAAUUUUAAGCACAAACAGAAGGAGGUUUUCGAGAGUAGUUAUUUUUUCAUGGCUGUGAGACUUGAGAAAUACCAGACUAUUGAGGCUUCACUGUCAGAUGUGUCACUGUUAUAUCCAAUGAAGAAAACAAACGUGCUUGGAUUUUACAGCAUAAGUUAAAAAUAACUUCUGGAAUAUCAGCUGAUAACCUGACACGAACAUUAUUAGUGGUAAAAUCACCGUUCAUAGCAUAGCAGCAUAAUUGGUUUAUGGAACUAGAGUUUUUAAUCGAUUUGUAAACCAGUUACUGGUAUAUGAUGCAUGGAUAUAAAAGUGAAUUGAUGCAAUUUGCGAUCGUAUAGUUCAUCAAAUUAGUACAAUGUCAUUAUUAUAACGUAUACAUCUUAGCGAUUAUUUUGUUAAAAACAACAUACACGACAGUAUUAGAACUUAUUUCCUAUAUAUAUGUGUGUAUAUAUAUGUUAUUUAGUUUGUUAAGAACAACUAGUUAUAGGUAGCGCGGAAGUAUACGAAAUGUGACCACAAUCUUAAUUGGAAAAACUGCAACCCAAAAUGGAACUACCUCAGAUAUAAAAAUGGCUUUUUAAACUUAUUUUCUAUUUACAAAAAAAGUUUGAUAAAUUCCCUUCUCAGGAGGGAUAACUCAGGCUACCGCCAAACAAUUGUGCUUGUUAAUUUCCAUUUUCAAUUGGAGAAUUGGCCAUCUUUUUCUAUUUAUUUUUUCAAAAAUUGUUGAUAAUUCAAUUCCCACAUAUAUAACUUCAAAGUUGUAUGAUGUUGUAUUUGUUCUGUUCACAUUCGUUUCUAUAUACAAUCCUUAUAAAACGAAUAACCUCCGUCCUAGAACAUUGUGAUUCGUUUGUUAAAUGAACAUAUGUAGUGUUAAUAUACAUUUCAUUUUGGAUAUAUAUACAUAAAAAAACGAGUAAUGAUAUUUCUGUCUAUAGUCCAAUACUACAACAAUACCUCUUUGGUUAAGCUCUUUAAUGUAAGCAGCAUGUUUUA